UUAUGUUCACGUCCGGCAGUCCAACAUCAGUCGGCGAUUUGUCGUAUGAAAGAGAGUGCCAAGUCAGUCGCCGUCUUCGUCAGUGAUCACGACGGUCAGAAGCUUUCCUGGAAGGACACUCUGCUUGCACGUUUUGUUCUAGGAAACCCUUCUAAGUGUCUCAAAAUGAACCUUAUCAUUGGCACGCUGGGCCUUCUGGCCCUCAUCACGGUCGUGUGGUCGGCCGAAGAAAAAGUAAAAGGCCCUAAAGUUACCGACAAGGUGUACUUCGACAUCGAAAUUGGAGGCAAACCGGCCGGUCGGAUAGAAAUUGGCCUGUUCGGCAAAACUGUGCCAAAAACUGUCCAGAACUUCAAAGAACUGUGCCAAAAGCACCAUACUGAGAAAUCCAAAGAUGGUAGCCUUGUUGGCUACAAAGGCAGCAAGUUCCACCGUGUUAUUGCAGACUUCAUGAUCCAAGGUGGUGACUUUACCAAAGGAGAUGGCACUGGAGGACGUAGCAUCUAUGGAGAGCGAUUCCCCGACGAGAACUUCAAGCUCAAGCAUUAUGGUGCUGGCUGGCUCUCAAUGGCCAAUGCUGGAAAGGACACUAAUGGGUCGCAGUUCUUCAUCACGUGCAAAAAGACCACUUGGCUGGAUGGCAAGCAUGUUGUAUUUGGCAAAGUUGUUUCUGGAAUGGAUGUUGUGCGCAAGGUGGAGAAGCUUGCCACAGACAGCAGAGACAGGCCAACACAAGAUGUUGUUAUUGUGGACUCCGGUGUGCUAACUGUGGAAGUUCCUUUCCCCACGGCUCGUGCUGAUGCCACUGACUAGGGGAAAGAAAGGCCACAAUGAGAGAGUGCUCAAUCAUCUCAUGCUCAUUUAUGCACUCCUUUUUUUUUUUUUUUUCACUACCCAAAGGUGCUUUGAAAUUGGCAAUCCCCAUUUCAGGAUCAUUCCAUAUGCACACAGGCUCAUUAAGUGAAGGCUGUGCUCAGGUGUUUCCCGGUUUUUCUUACAACGCAGUGUAAAUAAAAUGGUUACUUUGUUUA